UUUUUUUUCUGUGUCUUUCGUGAGCAUAAAAAUGCUCUGGGAGCCUUAUGAACAUAGCAUAACGCUUCCAGUGCUCGUUCACGACUUCAGACAGCAACAUUCCUUCACAACAGAGCUUCACUAUGUCCGAUACGCUGGGCAAAAGUCUCAUACGGAAUCUCAUCAACCUUGGGCUAGAUGAGCCGUUUCUACAACUAUCCCGCCCGUUCGCACCGAUAAGCAUCAGCUCCGAGGGGCUCACCGAUGACUUCUGGGCGGCGGACUCCCCGAGCGACCGAGCGCCCAGCAGACCCCAGUUUCCCCUCAAAGCAGACCGAUCCAUGAGUCUGACUGACACCUUCAACAGAAUAAAGCCCCACGACGUCCCCCCACCGCCCGGAUUUCCUCCUCUGGCACCCCUGCCUUCGAACCGGUACAAGACCGAGUUGUGCCGAAGCUUUCAAGAGCACGGCAGCUGCAAAUACGGCGGCAAAUGUCAGUUCGCCCACGGCGAGAGCGAGCUGCGAGGGCUGAACCGCCAUCCCAAAUACAAAACUCAAGCCUGUCGCACCUUCUACCAGUUUGGAUACUGUCCGUACGGAAGCCGCUGUCACUUCAUCCACGAGGACAAAAUCUCUCUGGACGGGUUCGAGCAGAACCCGCGUCAGCUGCGUCAAUGCGUCAGCUUCGCCGGGUUCACUCGCAGCAACUCUCCCCCGACUUUAUACGAGCCCCUGAGCUUCACCCGUGCGGCCUCGGUCUCUCCCCCUCCCGCGGACAUCUUGUCCCCGGUCUUCAGCGACUCUUCCCGCGACAUGUUCCCCUUCAGCCGUCACAGUACCGGAGAUAUCUACAACAACGCGCCAGAGCCUCGGUCACGGUGUGUCUGCGGACACGGAAAUAACUUCCAGGGCUCCAGCAACGAGCUGUACUUGAAGGAAGACCAGAGCAAAGCCAACCUGCAGCGCUUUUCCUCCGAAGACUCGCUGUCAGACCGCGAAAGUUACAGCAGCACCGGCAGCUCGAGCGGCUCCGAGUCUCCCUCCUUCGACGGGUCGAGCGGAAAGCGCCUGUCCGUUUUCGCGCGGAUGUCUGUGUCUGACUGAGGACUUACUUUACCGCCAUCCCUUCCCAAUCAUCCAAUCAGUCUGAUAUAAUGUGCAACGCGUCUUAAUACUGUUAAUUUAUUGUUUUUAUUAUUAUAUAUUGUUAAAGGAGAUUAUUUUUAUACCAAGCUGCCCUCCAAAACCUAAGCAGGCAUUGUUUUUAUAACGCUGUUGUAUUAUUUUCUGUCAUAUUGUCUUCCAUUUGCUUAUGCUUUUCUUGCUUUUCAACGUUGUUUGGCAGUGAGCGUUGCAGACAAGUGCCUUAAAAUAUCAUAACCUAUGCUACUGGCAUAGGUUUGGAGUCGCUUUGGAAAAGACUAAAUGUAAUAUAUGUGCAUAUAUAAUUAUG